AUGGCUAUGUUGCAGCCGAAAAUAGACAGGCAAGCUUACAUUGUGUACAUGGGAAGUCAUUCACAGAAGGAAGUAUCAGCAACAGAGAUUCAUACCAAUAUGAUGGAAGAAGUGGUUGGCAGUGGUGGGUCAGACCAUAUGUUGUAUAGCUACAAGAGAAGCUUCAGUGGUUUUGCCGCCAUGCUAACAAGCGAGGAGGUGCAGAAGCUGACAAGAAUGGAGGGAGUGAUAUCUGUUUUCCCCAAUGGAAAGAUGCAGCUUCACACAACAAGAUCAUGGACCUUUAUUGGCCUUACAGGGAAAUCUGAAAGAAGACCAUUAGAGAGGGACAUGAUCAUCGGGAUGCUUGACACAGGAAUUUGGCCAGAAUCUGAGAGUUUCUCAGAUGAAGGGUUUGGUCCACCUCCUCAAAAAUGGAAGGGAACAUGCAUGAAGUCAGAAAAUUUCACCUGCAACAACAAGAUAAUUGGAGCUAAGUACUACAGGGUAACAGGGAACUUCUCCCUUGAUGUGGCUUCACCAAGAGAUACAGAAGGCCAUGGUUCCCAUACUGCAUCAACAGCAGCAGGAAACUUUGUCCCCAAGGCAAGCCUUGAAGGGCUUGGCUUGGGAACAGCUCGAGGCGGGGCACCAUCUGCUCGAAUUGCAGUCUAUAAGAUUUGUUGGGCUGAUGGUUGUUAUGAUGCUGAUAUACUGGCUGCAUUCGAUGAUGCCAUCGCUGACGGAGUUGACAUAAUCUCUGUCUCCCUCGGAGCUACUAACCCAAAGGGAUACUUCGAGGACUCCAUCGCCAUUGGGACGUUCCACGCUAUGCGACAUGGCAUUCUUACCUCCACUUCUGCUGGCAAUGAUGGUCCCACUCCAGGAUCAGUCAACAACGCUGCACCUUGGCUUCUGUCUGUAGCAGCUAGCAGCAUAGACAGGAAGUUUAUGACGAAAAUUCAGCUGGGAAAUGGAGCUUCGUAUGAGGGUGUUUCGAUCAAUACUGUUAAUCUUUAUCCCACAAUGUACCCCAUUAUAUACGGUGGCCGUGCCCCAACAUUGAAGAAACCAAACGUCACUGCAGCGAGAAAUUGCCAGAAAGGGUCAUUGGAAAGGAGAUUGGUGAGAGGAAAGAUUGUUCUUUGUGACUUAAUCGUUAAUGGAGAGUCAGUUUCUGCAGCAGGAGGAGUUGGUGCAAUGAUGCAAGACAACACAUACAAUGAUGUUGCUUACAAUUUUGCUGUCCCAGCUUCCCACUUUGGUCCCGAUCCCGGAUCUAAAAUCUCAGCUUAUGUGAAACAAACUGAAAAUGCAACUGCAACAAUGUUCAAGAGUAUCCACCAAAGGGACGACUCAGCUCCAUACAUAGUUGGGUUCUCAUCCAGAGGGCCUAAUGCCAUAACAAAAGACAUCCUGAAGCCCGACAUUGCAGCUCCCGGUUCGGACAUCCUGGCUGCUUGGUCACCAGCUACCACAGUGACAGGACUAGUGGGAGACAAAAGGGUGACAAAUUACAACAUCAUCUCAGGCACAUCCAUGGCUUGCCCUCACGCAACUGGAGUAGCUGCAUACGUCAAGUCAUUCCAACCAACUUGGUCCCCUGCUGCCCUUAGGUCUGCUCUAAUGACAACAGCAAUGCCAAUGAGCCGCGCCAAGAACCACGAUGCAGAAUUCGCGUACGGUGCAGGGCUGAUAAACCCUGUCAAGGCAGUAGACCCCGGCCUGGUAUACGAUGCUGCUGAGGAAGAGUACGUUCACUUCUUGUGUGGACAAGGCUAUAACAGCACACAAAUUCAGAUUCUCACCGGGGAGGACAUCCACUGCAGCAAUGAGAAGAAGCUGGCAGUGUGGGAUUUGAACUACCCUUCGCUUACCUUGUCUAUCAAGCCUGGUGGUGGCAGCGUGACGAGGGUGUUUCAUAGAACUGUGACGAAUGUAGGGAGCCGUGGAUCAUGUACUUACAAGGCCAUAGUCAAGGUUCCUGAAGAAGUUGUGGUUAAAGUUAGACCUUCAGUUCUGACUUUCCAGUCUGUUGGGGAGAGCAAGUCGUUCACUGUAACUGUGGUGGUGAAGUUGGGCAAAAACUCUGUAUCUGGGGCUUUGAUCUGGGAUGAUGGAGAACAUACUCACAUUGACGGCGGCGCCAAUACCCCUACUCCCGCCGGUAGCCGCAUUCUGGCAACUCUGAUGGAGGACGGUGAGAUGAGUGACGAUGGUGAUGUAGAGCUUGCUGCCGCCAUCGAUGACAUUGCCCUUGAUGACGAAGAAGCUGAAGUUUAUGUAGCUGCUUGCAGCCCAACAGAUCCUUCACUGGUAGCAACUGGAGGUGCUGAUGAAAGAGGGUUUCUUUGGAGGAUAGGACAGGGAGAUUGGGCUGCUGAACUAGGAGGUCAUAGGGAGUCCGUUACUAGCUUAGCAUUCAGUAGCGAUGGACAGUUUCUUGCAUCUGGAGGGCUUGAUUCUGUGGUUAAAAUCUGGGAUGAAUCUGGAAAUCUUAUAUGUACUCUUGGAGACCAUGUUGAGAAUGAACAAAUAGAGGAAGGUACUCUUGGAGACCAUGUUGAGAAUGAGCAAAAAGAGGAUCCUCCUACGGACGGCCUUGAGUUGGUCAGGUGGCAGCCUGGAGGUCAUCUAGUCUUGGCUGUUUCAAAUGAUGGCACUGCUUGGGUGUGGGAUGCCGAUACAGGCAGAACUAUCUGCACUGGUUCUGGCGAUAAGAGUUUGAGAAUAUGGAAUCUGGAAACUGGGCAAUGUGUACACGUUGUAAGAGGUGGUGAGUACCUUAUCUGGUCACUCAGAUUCAGUUUCGUGCAUUGCUCUGCCAGGUUCACCAAGAGUGAAUUGACUUGCUUAACAUGGAUAGGCACAUCGAGGUUAGUUGCUGCAGGAUGUGCAGACGGUGCUAUAGUGGUAUGGGACGCUAGAGAUGGAACCAAGACUUACAUUGUGUACAUGGGAAGUGUAUCCGCUGAGAAGAACAAUGAUAACCAUCUCCUUGCUGCCCGUCGUCACCACAAUUUGCUUUCGUCUGUGCUCGGAGACGAGGAUUUAGCUCAACAAGUCAGACUCACCUCUUAUGGCAAGAGUUUCGACGGAUUUGCCGCAAAUUUACUCCCACAAGAGGCUGAGUGGCUACAAGAAAACGAAAAUGUGGUCUCAGUGUUUCUAUCGGGAACAAAGCAGCUCUCCACAACUUGGUCUUGGGACUACCUGGACAUGCCUCUCUCGGUUCAAAGAAAUUUCAAUAUCGAGUCCGAUAUUAUCAUUGGCAUGAUUGACAGCGGAAUCAACGUCGAUGCUCCGAGCUUUAGUGACAAGGGAUUGGGCCCACCUCCGGCGAAGUGGAAGGGAAUCUGCCAAAAGGGACUCAACUUCACUGGCUGCAACAAUAAGGUGAUUGGGGCGAGAGCGUAUGACGUGGGCGACCUAGAAACCACGCCGCUGACGCCACUCGACGACACGGAAGGCCACGGGACCCACACGGCCUCCACGGUGGCCGGCUCAGCCGUCGGCGGAGCCAGCUUCCGCGGCCUGGCUAAAGGCACGGCGCGAGGCGGCGUCCCGUCGGCUCGGCUCGCCAUCUACAAAGUGUGCGGGCCCAAAGCCGCUUGCACCGACGCCAACCUGAUGUCGGCCCUGGAUGACGCCAUCCACGACGGCGUCGACGUCAUAUCGAUGUCGCUGGGCGCUCCACCGAUGGACUAUUUCAAGGAUCCGGUGGCCAUCGGUUCGUUCCACGCCAUGGAGAAAGGAAUCAUAGUCAGCGCCGCGGCUGGUAACAAAGGUGAAAUGGGUCAAGUCGAGAACGUGGCGCCGUGGAUCCUCACCGUCGCCGCUAGCCGCACCGGGAAGCAGUUGAGGACUCCAAUCGUGCUCGGGAACCGCUUUGCUACUCUGAAGGUGCAAGGAAAAAUAGUUUACUGCAAGAACGGCGAAUCGGCUCCUCUUGAUACCUUGAGCGAGUUUGGUGCUGUUGGACUCAUCGGAGAUGCCGUUUCCUGGUACCCCGACUUCCCCCAAACUUACCCAAUGCCGGCGUCGCUGCUCGAUCCGACGCGCGGCCAGAUUGUCGAUGGCUACAUUAAUUCUACCAAGGAUCCUCGAGCAUAUAUAUUGAAGACCACGGGUGUCAACGUCACUGCUCCGGCCGUUGCAGUUUUCUCGUCCAGAGGUCCCAACCAGCAGUCCAGAACUAUUUUGAAGCCGGACGUCAUGGCGCCGGGAGUGAACAUCCUGGCAGCUUUCCCGCCGUAUCUACCCGGGGAAGAUAACUCAUACGGCCAUCCUUUCAGAUUCUUGAGUGGCACCUCCAUGGCUUGUCCCCAUGCCACCGCCGCCGCCGCCUUUGUCAAGUCCCACCGACCACAUUGGUCUCCCGCCGCCGUCAAAUCCGCCCUCAUGACCACCGCGCGGGUUGCGAAAGAGCAAAAUCCACUGGCGGAGUACGCGUACGGGUCGGGCGAAAUCGACCCGGUGAAGGCACUGGAUCCGGGGCUGGUAUACGACAUGUCGUUUUUGGACUACGUCCGUUUUCUCUGCUCGGAGGGCUACUCCAACACGUCGUUGAGCAUAAUGACGGACGGAGGAGACGUGAGCUGCCCGUCGCCGUCUAAAUACUCCGACACCCGUGACUUCGUCAACUACCCGUCCAUGAACCUCCAGGUGGCACUCGACUCCACGUCACCGUACGCUGCCGUUUUCGAGCGCACAGUCACCAACGUGGGGCCAGCGAAGUCAACUUACGUGGCAACAACGACGGCUCCAGCAGGGAUGGAGAUAAGGGUGGUGCCGGCGAGGUUGGAGUUUGAGAAAGUGGGCGAGAAGAAGACGUUUAAGGUGGAAGUGAAAGGGCCGGCGCUGCAGCAGCUGGGUCAGGAGAUGGAUCAGGUUCUGUCGGGUUCUUUGGUGUGGGCCGGGUCGUCGGGUCAUCGAGUUCGGAGCCCCGUUGUGGUUUCUUUCGCUUUCGUUCCUCUCUAA